CGCACGCGCCAAGACACGUUAUUCGAUACGCGAUCGUGUGGUUUAACAUUGAAUUUCGUGCGAUCAUCAUCGCCAUGGAUGUGUACGACGAAUAACAUCCGGGCUAGGUCUGUCUUGUCUAUCUCUCUAGAAACACGCGAAACAUAAUAAUUAUAGUAUUGUUUUUUUUUUUUAUGAAAACAUAUCGUACACACGUGACAGUUGAUACAACAUUAAACUCUUUAAUAUACACGAUAAUAACAUCAUAAUAAUUGCUACUUGCUGUGUAGUGAGUACGAGUGACAACCAGAAAAAUGACGUACUUCCAGGUCAAUAGAAAACUCCUGUUGAUGAAAAUUCACUAUUUUUUAGGAACUGGAGGGUAUGCACCGAUUCUUCCAUUUUUGACGACAAUAUCAAAACAACGUGGUUAUUCUACAUUCAUCAUUGGUUUAAUAUUCAUGCUACACCCAAUUCCUGGAAUACUGAUGAGACCAAUUGUUGGUGCCGUUACAGAUAAAUACAAAUGCCGUCGGUGGGUGCUUAUUGCGAGUUCAAUAAUCAUGUUCGUAUUGGUAUGUAUACUAUCAAUAAUUCCUGGUACGACAGCAAAAGAGGAAAUGAACGAUUUGGAUGUGAUCAAGUCGCCACUUUUUUGGUUGUUUUGUACUACAAUCGCCUUAAUCGGAAUGAUCGGAAUGGUGAAAACUGUUUUGGAGGACACGAUUUGUAUGGAUUUAUUAGGUGAAGACAAAAAUAAUUAUGGAGAACAAAGGUUGUGGGGAUCCAUUGGUUGGAGUUUGUUUGCCAUUAUUUCCGGUGCAUGUGUAGACUGGUACAGCGCAGGGCUAGAGUACAAAAGCUAUGCUCCAGGUUACGUCAUUGCAUCGCUAUGUUUCCUUUUAGAUAUAUAUGUGGUGUUUAACCUCAAGAUUGUACAAGCAAAUGAUGCUAAAACUGUAGCUUCUGACGUGAAAAAAGUAUUCACUGAAGGUAAAGUACUCGCAUUUCUUCUCUGGGUUGUUUUUAUUGGAUUUUUUAUGUCUUUCAUAUGGAACUUCGUACUUUGGUUCUUGGAAGACUUGUCGAAUGAGUAUCACCCCGAGACGAAAUCAUGGAUAAAGACUCUCCAAGGAACAGCCGCACUAAUCCGAUGUUUCGGCGGCGAAGUGCCGUCGUUACUUUUUUCCAGCUACAUACUGAAACGUGUGGAUCACACGACCAUAUUGUCCAUAGUGUUUUUCACGUUCACGUGUAUAUUCUCUAUGUACACGAUCAUCGAGAACCCUCUUUGGGCAUUACCAGUGGAAUUACUCAACGGCAUAACGUUCGGAAUGUCUUAUUCGGCAGCCAUUUCGUAUGCAGCACUUAUAACUCCUGCCGGUGCUGAAGGAACGCUCCAAGGAGUCGUCGGGACAGCUUACACGGGCAUAGGUGCACCAAUUGGAAGCAUCGUAGGCGGUUAUAUGUUUAAACAUAUUGGAAGUAUUGCUACGUUUAAGCUGUUGAGCGUGGUCGCAUUUUUCACUUGUGCGCUACAAAUUAUUGUCAAUUAUAUAUUAAGGCGUUUGUCUAAAAAUGAUGAUGUCAAGGACAUAAAUAGUAAUGUUCAAACUAAAGAUGAUAAUAUCAAAGAAGACAUAGAUUUAACAUUCUAGUAUUAUUUCGGCAGAAAAUUAUUUUAUUAUUACUUAUAAAAGUAAUAGUUGAAGUUUUGUAUUUUUUGUUUUUUGUUCAAUAAUAUUGUAUAUGAUAUUUUAGAUUUUUAAACUUAAAUAUCCACCGAAAAGUGUCAGACACGAACUAUUAUUACCGCUAAACAUAUAGCAAUACAUUAAAACAGAAUUUCUAGUAACAAUUAACGAAUGCAUAUUACCCUUUAAUUCAUUUUUCAGAAUAUUUUCUUUUAAUGAAAAAAAUAUUGGUAAACAUUUCAUCGGAUGACCAGAAAAAAAAGGUUUAACACAAUUAGGUAGUUUAAUUUAAAUAUUAACUGUUUUUUUUUUCUUUGUUUUAGUCCUACCUAUCACAAAAUCUACACUGGAAGAAUAUUUUUUAAUACAUUGUAAUAAUAUAAGAAAAUAAACUUUCUAAAUUUUGAA